CCCAAUCGGAGGUUUCCACCUCAUACUCUCUUUCCAUUUCCUCCAUUUUUGCCAGAAUCCUCUCUCUCUCUCUCUCUCUCUCUACCUUUCUUUAAGCUGAAAUCUCUCUCUGGGCUUCUUUGAUGCCUGCUCUGUUCUACAGUUCUACUCUCAGUAGAAACUGCAUCUAAAAAGAGUAGCAGCAGAAAAGGUGGGGAAGAUUCACCUUUCAUUUGAAAUUUCCUAAGUUCUAAAUUUUUAUACUUCCAAGUCACAAACAGAAGGCUCACACGUCCAGAUUACCUUGCCUAAUCGUAGGACAAGAUUGUAAGAAGGACCAAAAAAAGAAGAAAAAAGAAGCAAUCUAAGAUGUCUGUAUCUUGUCAAAUUUGCAUAUAAGCAGCAGUGAUGCUUAAAGGUUUCCUGGAUGCUAACUUACUGUUCACAGUGGCAGAAUUUUUUUUGGCAUGCUAGUGCGUUAUCAUGCAAACAAAUGCGUUUUAAGGAUAAGCUGCAAUAUUUGAACUCUGCGAGUACACUACGAGGAUUUGUGAGACUUGGUAUAUUGAGGUCAUCAUUGCCUGCAUGUGUUUCUACCAAUCCCUUUGCUUCAAGGAAAGGGGAUCUGUCUCUGGCAUUGCCUUGGUUACAUACGAGGAUGGUUAACCAUGGAAGUUGCAAGUGCCCAGAUGGAUAACUUGUAGUGGGAUGCUUCAAUUGCAUCCCUAGAACAAAAUCACAGAUAUUGACCGCAUAAUCUUGUGAUUCAUUGAGCUUGAUACUUUCUGGAAGGAUCUUCAAUUACGCAGAGGUGCAUUCAAGUAUCACACCAUUCUAUCAAUUGCGUGGCUUUAAAGCAUGGAUUCUGAGGCCUCAAGUGCUAUUCGGGUUCCAGGUAUAGUGCCUCGGCUCUUCCCUUCGCUUGGACCUGCACUUCUGAUUUCGAUGGGAUAUAUCGACCUUGGGAAGUGGGCUGCAGCUGUUGAUGGGGGUACACGUUUUGGAUUCGAUCUUGUGUUGCUUGUACUCGCUCUCAAUUGCACUGCUAUUCUGUGCCAGUACCUUGCAGCUCGUGUUAGUUUGGUCACUGGAAAGAAUCUUGCUCAGAUAUGCAGCGAGGAAUACAAUAGGCCCACAUGCAUGUUGUUAGGUGUUCAAGCAGAGUUAUCAGUGAUUGUUUCGGACCUGACUAUGAUUCUUGGCAUUGCACAUGGGCUCAAUCUUCUUUUUGGACUGGACUUGUUCAUAUGUGUCUUUUUGUCUGCAAUGGAUGCUGUGCUAUUUCCACUAUUUAUCACCCUCUUGGACAAAUGCAUGAUGGAAAAGCUGUUUGCGAGCAUAGCAGGCCUUGCAUUGCUUUUUUACGUGUUUGGAGUGCUUAUCAGUCAACCAGAAAUCCCCCUUAAUAUGAGUUGGAAUCUUCCAAGUUUGAAGGGGGAGAAUGCAUACACACUCAUGAGUCUACUCGGUGCGAAUAUCAUGCCUCAUGGUUUUUACCUCCACUCUUAUAUCGUGCAGCAGCAACAUAGACCUGCAAGUCUCUCCACGAGCUCCUUAUGUCAUGACCAUUUUCUCGCUAUCCUAGUUAUAUUUAGUGGCAUCUUCCUGGUUAAUUAUGUGGUGAUGCUCUCAGCAGCAACUGUCUUCCAAAGUGCUAGCCUGCUUACUUUUCAGGAUAUGCUUUUGCUAAUGGAUCAGAUAUUUCGUAGUCCUGUAGCACCUUUUGCGUUUUUUGUUGUCCUCUUCUUUUCCAGCCAGGUCACAGCCUUAACUUGGACUCUGGGCGGGCAAGUUCUUUUGCAUGAUUUCUUUGGCAUCAACCCACAUAUUUGGCUUCAUCGUUUAACAAUCAAGGCUCUUGCCAUCAUUCCAGCUAUCUUCUGUGCAUGGAAUUCAGGGGAUGAGGGGGUCUAUCAGCUUCUCAUUUUCUCUCAAGUUAUAUUGGCUAUGUUGCUUCCAUCUUCUGUGAUUCCCCUUUUCCGGGUGGCAUCGUCAGGAUUCAUAAUGGGUGCCUUCAAAAUCUCUUCCUUUGCGGAAAUCUUAGCUUUGUCUGCCUUCCUCUGGAUGCUGGUUUCAAAAAUCAUCUUUAUUGUAGAGAUGUUAUUUGGCGACAGUGAUUGGAUGGGUAACUUGGGAUGGUACACAGGCAGCAGUAUGACACUCCCAUAUAUUCUUGUUCUACUCAUUGCUUGUGCAUCGUUUUCUUUGAUGCUUUGGUUGGCUGCUACACCACUGAAAUCUGCAAGCGAUGGACCAAAUAUGCAGAUAUGGAACCUGGAUUUACAAAAGGAUCUACCUGGGUCACGCGAGGAUAGAGAGGAAAAUGAGUUGAACAGGACUAGAGAUGAUGGAGAAGAUCAUCUGUCCGAGAAAGAAGCUUUGGAUAAGUCUGUGGUCAGCCAUUCAGAUAAUUCAGUUGAAUUCAAUCUUGAUCUGCCCAAAACAGUUAUGCCUUCUGAUUGUGAGCCUUACCAAUCUAAUGAUGGUGAGAAUUAUUCUCCAGUUUCUACCUCCCAGACAUUCCAUCUGGAAGAAUCAACAUCUGCAGUCGAACUGGCUUCAGUGGAAACGGUGGAUGAGGUUUCUGCUGGUGCGUUAUCGGAUGAAAGGGCUGUGAUAAGAACUGAAUCCAAGGACCCAGUUGGAAUGACGGGGGGAGUAGAGGGGGAUAUGCCAGCAGUUGUGAAGGAUGAUGAUGAGGCAGAUGUUUGGGAACCUGAAGAAUCACAGGGAGGAAUUUCUGGGAGUGUGCCCACUUCAGCAUCUGAGGGUCCGGGAUCUUUCAGGAGUGUUAGUGGGAAAAGUGAGGAUGGGAGUAGUGGCAGCGGAAGCCUUUCAAGAUUGGAUGGAUUGGGUCGGGCAGCUAGGCGUCAAUUAGCUGCCAUCCUUGAUGAGUUUUGGGGACAACUAUAUGAUUUCCAUGGGCAGGUUACUCCAGAGGCAAAGGCAAAAAGAAUUGAUGCAGUUCUUGGAAUGGAGCAGAAGCCCAUUCCUUGCACAAAAGCAGAUGCCGCGGGAGAUGCACAUGCCAUGAAGUAUUUUCCAGAAGCAGAAAGAGGAUCUGCAUUUCGUACUAAGUCAAGGGAUUAUGGAUCUCCCAUGCAACAGAGGGUGCCAAGCAGUUUAGAGUCAUCUUAUGAGGCUCAAAAGGAUACCUCAUCUUGGUCAUCCUACUUGCAGUCAUUGGAUGCAUAUGUACAGAGUUCCGGAAGUUAUCUGCUAGAUGCCAGUGAAAGACGCUAUUCUAGUUUGCGGCUGCCAUCCUAUUCUGAUGACAGAGAUUAUCAGCCGGCUACAAUACACGGUUAUCAGAUUGCUUCCUAUCUAAGCAGGAUUGCUACAGAGAGAAAUAUGGAUUCCUUGCGCAUCCCAUUGGAGUCUACUACAAAAUCUACGUCACUUAUCCAAAACUACAGAGAUCCACUUGCUUAUAGCAUGGGGCAAAAUGGGCUUGGUUCAUUACAUGUAUCGAGUAUGCAGAAUCCGGCAGUGUCCAUAAGUAGCAGGUUACAGGCUGAAAGGCCUUACUAUGAUUCUUCUUUGGGAGCCAGUGAGAAUGUUGGAUCCUCAGCAUCUCCAAAGAAAUACCAUAGCUUGCCAGACAUUUCAGGGCUUGCAGUUUCUAAUAGGGCGUCACUUUCAGAAAAUAGAAAUGCUCAAUGGGGCAACUCUAUCGGCCCUGAGCCAUCUGCAGGUCGAAUUCCAUAUGAGCGAUCACUUUAUGGGAGCACUGCAUCCAGGGCUGCUGGAGUUCCAUUGGCCUUUGAUGAACUUUCUCCAUCCAAGCGCUACAGAGAUCCUUUCUUGCUUCCACCUAGUUCAAACUUGGAAACAAAAUCUCUCUGGUCUAGACAACCAUACGAGCAGUUAUUUGGUGUUUCUGGUAAACCUCAGAGUGGGGGGCACGGAGUUCUGCAGGGAACUGUUUCGCAUGCGGAGUCAAAGGCCAAGUUGCUCCAGUCCUUCAGAUAUUGUAUCAUGAAGCUCCUGAAAUUGGAGGGGUCAGAUUGGUUGUUCCGACAGAAUGGCGGGUUUGAUGAGGAGCUGAUAGAUCAGGUGGCUGCAAGGGAGAAGUUUCUCCAUGAAGCAGAAGCCAGAGAGGUGAAUCAGGUUCAUGCAGAUGACUCUCCUUGCACAUCUUCUGAACGGAAAUUCAGUUUGAGGAAUGAGGCAGGUCUUGACCGGUAUCUAGUUUCUUUGGUGCCUCAUUGUGGAGAGGGUUGCAUUUGGCAGGUGGGUCUGAUAGUGAGCUUCGGCAUAUGGUGCAUUCGUAGGAUCUUAGAGCUGUCACUCAUGGAGAGCCGUCCGGAGCUGUGGGGCAAGUAUACUUACGUUCUGAAUCGUCUUCAGGGAAUUCUGGAUCUAGCUUUUUUCAAGCCCCGGUCCUCCAUAUCUCCUUGCUUCUGUCUGCAAAUUCCAUCAAUAGCUGUGAAAAGGUUUGGCCCACCGCCACCGGACGGACUCUCGCCAACCUCUGGGAAAGCAGGCCAGGGUCGGUGCACAAGUGCGAGCAUGCUCCUUGACCUUAUUAAGGAUGUUGAGGCUGCAGUUUCUGGCCGCAAGGGCAAAAUGGGCACUACAGCAGGCGACGUCGCCUUCCCCAAAGGGAAAGAGAACUUGGCAUCGGUUCUGAAGCGCUACAAGCGUCGUUUAUCGAACAAAUCUGCUGGGACCCAUGAAGGUGGGCCUGGUGCCCGCAAGAUUCCCACGUCGGCCUUCUCUUUCACCCCGUAGCCUGUGAGGUGAAUCUGUAGCAAGACUGAAAGAUAUUGUUUUUCUGGCAUGUGGUUUCAGAGGUUGGUUUCUGCCUCCCUCUCUCUAUGCCCAUGUCUAUUAUAUACAUCUGUAAACUAUCUUCCGGUUUUUGUAAUUGCAGUAGGGGGGAGGGGGCGUAAUUCACCAAAUCGUAAGAAGCAAUGCCAAUCAACUGAAAAAGAUUAAAAAGGGAAAUACAAUUGUGUUGUUGUGGAAUUGAAGGUUAUUUCGUUAUUCUGGGUCAUUACUCUUUUUAUUCAGUUUAUUUAUUUCUAUUUAAAGAAGACUGUAAGAUAUCUAAAGCCUUAAUGAUGCUUUCCAUGACCCUUCUGCAUAAAUGAGGAAGGAGAUGAAACAGAACAUUUUUUUAUAUUUUUAAAACGUAUAAUGGCCUGCA